AUGGUAGACGCUGCGCUUUUGGAGCUGCAUAAGGAGAACAUCCAGCCUCUCAGCGGAGGACGACCAGCCUCAAAGUUGGGAAUGGCAUUGAACCAUGAUAUGGAUAAGGCUACCAUUAAAUCACAACGUCAAUUGCAACGAGAAAAAUUUGAAAAGGAAUUACAGAAAUUUGAUGAAUUGGAUGACCCAUUACAAGUGUAUUGUGAUUAUGUGUCAUGGACUCACACGACGUAUCCUCAGGGGUCGAACACGGAGAGUGGGCUCUUGCUGUUACUAGAACGAUGUACAUCACAAUUUAGAGAUGUUCUUCAUUAUAAGAAUGAUCCAAGAUACUUGAAAUUAUGGCUACAAUACAAGGAUUAUUCCGAUUCACCCAGAGAUAUAUUUGUUUAUUUGGCCAAGAAGGAUAUUGGUACUCUGCUAGCCUUGUAUUAUGAAGAGUUUGCCAAUUAUUUGGAGAUUCAGGGGAAUAUUCGAGACGCUGAAGAAAUAUAUACAAUGGGUAUACAGGCAGAGGCAAGACCAUUAAAACGAUUAGAAAGAUCAUAUGUACAUUUCAAAGACAGAACGAGUACGGAUACCGCUGUACAGGAUGACAGUGAACGUAGCAUCGGAAACGUUCUUUCAUUGAAAAGAGGAGGAGAAAAUAGAGACAAUGAAUCUCAUGUUGCCCUCGGAGAGGGAUAUGGGGAUACCAAUAAUAAUACCAAUAUUAGGAAAAAACCCAAGUUGCAAGUGUUUAAUGAUGAAGAUGAUGAACAAAAUGUUUUACAACAGAUAUUUAGUAGUACUACUGAUCUGAACAUUGGGACAAUUAAAUUAAGAACCAAGGAGAAUCAAAUUGCUGCCAAGCCAUGGUCUGGAGAAGUCAUUAAACAGCAACUUAAAAGACAACCUCUUGCUGCAAAGAUCCCUGUUUUCAGAGAUACCCCCAGUGAGAAUGACGUUGUUGGUGCAGAUCCAAAGAAUGAUAUGCCUGAGUAUACCACUGAAGAAUUGCUUUCAGGGGGCCCCAUCUAUACAACGGUGAGAUAUCCUGGGAAGAAACCUGAAAGAGUUCAUAUUAAUAUGGAUUUGAUAUAUCCCGUGGGAGAAGAAGAAUGUUGUCUUGACGAAGUAUUUGCCAUGAAAUGGCAACAACAAAUGAACUCCUCUUUGAAAUUACAGGAAGAGGCAAAAGUUUCUGUAGAAGAAGAAAACUAUAUUACUGAAAAAAGUAAUUCUCUUACAAUCCCGUUGAAAGAUGAAGAUGAAGAUUCAACUCUUCCUAAUAAUAAUAAUAGGCCAAAUUCUCCAACAAUGACAAUGUUUUCCAGGAUGGCAACAAAUGAAGUCCUUACAAUGUUUAACGAUGCUGCAAAUAACUUGAAUUCCGAAGAUGAAGAGGGGAAAACUGACUUUACCGAGGACAAUACAACUAAUUAUGAUGGAUUUGUCACUGAAACGAUACAAAACCCACUUACUAAUAACCGAGUGGAAACACCGGCAUUGGAAACACAAAAAACCCCACCAACUGAUCAUUAUGAUAGUUCAGAUGGAAAUAGCUCACCAUUUAUUGAACGUCCUUCAGCCGGUAAUAUCGAUAAUGGAGGAGUUUUAGGAUUCCAAACAUACGACCCAAUGGACGAAGUUCUCAGAGAUGCUCUAUUGAGUAGAUUACCAGUGGAUAUAUCUUCAUAUCCAGGAUUCUAUGAUUACUCUACCACUAGAAUGUCAAAAUUGGUGAAAUUCCCCAAGAUAACGAAUGAUAAAAGUCACCUUAUUCAAAAGGGUGCUAAGGAUUCAAUUAUUAAUUAUUGUGGAAAUGAGAUUUUUUGCUUAAGAUAUGAAUUAGGUAAGGGAGGAUACGGAACUGUUUAUUUAGUUGAAACAGAAACUGGAGAGUUCAAGGCCAUGAAAAUUGAAUCUCCUGCAACCAAAUGGGAGUUUUACAUUUUAUGUCAGAUCCAUAGACGAUUACAAGGAUUUGCACAACUGGCCAGAUCAAUGAUUAUUCAACCUGAAUCCUUAUAUUACUUUGCAGACGAGAGUUACCUCACGAUGAAUUACGCCAAUAAGGGAACUUUAUUGGACGUAGUAAAUUAUUUUAAAGACCAAGGAAGUGUUGUAGAUGAAGCACUAGUAAUAUUUUUAACAAUUGAACUUCUCCGGAGCAUAGAGAUCCUUCAUAACAUUGGAAUUAUUCAUGGUGAUUUGAAGGCAGACAAUUGUAUGAUACGACUUGUGAGUGAUGAAGACGAGGAGAAAUUAAGUGAAGAAUUCAAUCGGCUGAAAUCGAGUGGAUGGAACGAUAGAGGAAUUACAUUGAUUGAUUUUGGAAGAGCCAUUGAUUUAACCCUUUUCCAUAAUAAUAAAUCAAUCCCAAGAUUUGUAUCGCAUUGGAAAUCCGAACAACAAGAUUGUCCACAAAUGAAUAAAGGUGAACCAUGGAGUUAUGAAGCAGAUUAUUAUGGGGUAGCCAGUAUUAUUCAUACGCUUUUAUUUGGGAAAUAUAUUGAAAUACAAGAAAAACAAGAUGGGAAAUAUAAACUUUCAAACAAUUUAAAGAGAUAUUGGCAGGUUGAAUUAUGGGCUCCAUUAUUUGAGACAUUACUUAAUCCACCUAAUCCUAUGGAUUUACCUGCGAUUAAUGAUAUUCAAAGACAUCGAUCUACAUUUGAGAAAUGGUUAGAGGAAAAUAGUAAGAGCCGAGGACUUAAACAAGUGUUGCUUGGGAUUGAACAAGAGUUUGGCCGUACAAACAGACGUCUUCUUAAAAGUUUACAAUAA